CGCCACAGGGCGUGGACAGCAGGACCGAACAUCGGGACGGCCGAUUACGCCAUUCAAACGCUCCAGACGGGAAUGGGUCUCCAGCUGCCGUGAAGCAAAUCAGCGUCUUCCAAUUUUCGGAGCUUCGUUCUGGAGUACUACGGAUAGGUAAUCGAGGAGGCCGACUCACAACCCUCUUCGCCGUACUGCUCCGAUUCCCUCUCUCAUCCAUUGCCCUCUUCAUGAUCUCUCUCGUCCUCCCUCUCUUCCGGUCGCCCAUUACCAGCACCAGUACCGCCAGACGAGGUCUCCAGUCCACCGCAAUGUCUCUCAGCAGCAAGAUCAAGCCCGCGGCCCGCGUUGCCGGCCGGCGACAGGAUGUCUGGUCCAUCAUCAACGAGGCCGCUGCCGCAUCGCCCCAACAGCCCAUCGUAAACAUGGGCCAGGGGUUCUUUGGCUACAACCCUCCCGACUUCAUCCUCAACGCUGCCAAGCAAGCGCUGGACCGCGUCGAGUGCAACCAGUACAGCCCUACCAAGGGCCGCCCAAGACUCAGGAAGGCUAUUGCGGACGCCUAUUCUCCUCACUGGGGCCGCAAGCUGGACCCUGAGACCGAGGUCACCAUCACCACUGGCGCAAACGAGGGCAUGCUGAGUGCUUUCAUGGCCUUCAUUGAGCCCGGUGAUGAGGUCAUUGUCUUUGAGCCCUUCUUCGACCAGUACAUUAGCAACAUUGAAAUGCCCGGCGGCAAGAUCACCUACGUUCCCCUGCAUCCUCCCACAGACGGCGCCACGGUGACAUCGUCCGCCGCCAACUGGACCAUCGACUUUGACGAGCUCGAGCGCGCCAUCACGCCAAAGACCAAGAUGAUCGUCCUCAACACACCGCACAACCCCGUCGGCAAGGUCUUCUCCAAGGAGGAGCUCCAGAAGAUCGGCGACCUGUGCGUCAAGAACGAGAUCAUCAUCCUCUCCGACGAGGUCUACGACCGCCUGUACUACGUUCCCUUCACGAGAAUUGCCACACUCUCCCCCGAGGUCGAGCGCCUCACCAUCACCGUCGGCUCCGCGGGCAAGAACUUUUACGCUACUGGAUGGCGCGUCGGCUGGCUCAUGGGCCCCGCUGAGCUUAUCCAGCACGUUUCUGCGGCGCAUACUCGCAUCUGCUACUCUUCCGUCUCGCCUCUGCAAGAAGCCUGCGCUGUCGGUUUCGAACAAGCCGAAAAGGAAGGCUUCUGGGACGAGACAAUCAAGGACAUGAAGGGCAAGAUGGACCGCUUCAACGAGGUAUGGAAGGAGCUCGGCAUGCCCUACUCGGAGCCCGAGGGCGGCUACUUUGUCCUCGUCAACAUGGCCAAGGUCAAGCUGCCCGAGGACUACCCGUUCCCGCCCCACGUCGCCAGCCGCCCGCGCGACUUCAAGCUCGCGUGGUUCCUCAUCCAGGAGGUGGGCGUCGCCGCCAUCCCGCCCACCGAGUUCUACACGGACGAGAAUGCGCAAAUUGCUGCGGAUUACAUCCGUUUCGCUGUCUGCAAGGAGGACGAGGUGCUUGAGACGGCCAAGGAGCGUCUUCGUGGGUUGAAGAAGUAUAUCAAGGAGUAGAUGCAGAUGUGGCUAUAUAUCAUUAUUCCAUAGAGGGCGCGAGUCGCGGUGACACAAGUAUGUACCAUGCCUUGUCAUGAUUUCUAUUUUUCUACCAUUUCAAAAGAGUGAAUAGACAAAAUCCAAGCCAAAUAGUUUCUCCCUUGAAUACAUCUCUACCGCCC